AUGCCGCCCCCCGCCACCCAGGUGUCGCGCACUGUCUUCGUCGCUAACAUCCCCUACGAUGUGUCCGAGGAGCAGAUCGCCAGCGUUUUCUCCGAAGUCGGUCCCGUAGCUAACGUCGAACAGGAAAGAGCAAGGGGUACGCCUUUGUUCAGUUCUAUGGCGACGGCGCACAGCGCGGUGCGGAAUCUGCAGGAUGUGCCGAUCAACGGACGACCGGUGCGCAUCGAGCUCUCGACGGACGACGGGGGAAGGCGGAGAGGCCCCCCUCCCCGUGGCGGAGCCGGUGGAUUUAACAGGGACAUGUCUCCUUCAGUGGGUGGAGUGGACAUGUCUGCGCUUCCGGCGGGAAGAGAACCUCCGCCGGGCCAGAAGGCGACGGAUGCGAUCAGCAAGACGCUGGCCGAGGUGAACCCGGGCGAGAUGCAGCGUGUCAUGGCCGACAUGAAGGCGCUGGUGACCGCUCAGCCGGAACAGGCCCGUCAAUUACUCGCCGACCGGCCCCAGCUCGCCUACGCCCUCUUCCAGGCCAUGCUGCUGCUCAACAUUGUCGACCCCUCCGUGCUGCAGCGCAUCCAGCCCCUCCCCGGACAGAACCCCGGCAACCCCACCGCUCCCGCUUGGGGUGGCGCGCCGCCCGCUGGCGGAUACCCUCCCUUCCCCGCUUCCGGCGCUGCUCCCCCUGCCCCUGCUCCCGCGGCUCCGGCGGCAGGAGGUACAACCGCCCUCCCCCGCCCCAAAACUAUCCCCCGCAACAGGGAUACGGCGGCGCCUCAGGUGGAUAUGGCGGCGAUAGCUAACGAGCAGCAAAUGCUCGUGCAGGUCCUGCAACUCACGCAGGAGCAGAUCAACGCGCUCGACCCCGCGCAGCAGGCGAGCGUCAAGCAGCUUCAGUUCCUCGGCGCGUCUGCGUAA